GAGAAGAAAGUUUUGAGUUCGUCGCUCCGUUCGACGUGGACGGCGGUAUGGGGUUAGCUCUUUAAAAUGCUAAAAUCAUCGCUCAACUUACGUUUUCUCGAAAUUAAUUCGUUCGUAACGGAGAUGUUUGUACGCGAUUUUUAAUAAAAAAUGAGAGCAUUAAUCUGGUCGUUGAUAUAUCACAAAAGGCAAGACUCGUCGUAGUAACAUGUGAUUUUAACGGUCGAUGUGAAAAAUUGUGUGUGGGUGCCUGAGUGUGUGUGUGUGUGUGUGUGUAUACAAGUGUAAAUAUAGGGAAAAAAAUCAUGUUCUUCCCGAUCGGUUGGCCUCGGGUGUUGAAUCCCACAAAUACCAAGAAUAUUAUCAGGAUCGUCUGCAACAGAGACAAAAUUUUAUUCGCUAUUUUGACUUCUGACACUUUGGCCAUCUGGUAUUGCAAGCCCUGUGUCCCAAUUGUUUUCAUAAGACGCAGUGCAGAUUCUCUCAGAAAACAUGGUGAAAAUAUUCUUGUACAGUGGCGACCCGAUUCGAGCACGCUUGUUGUUGCGACUUCGGACAGCUAUCUAUUGUUCUAUCGGCUUUCUGACACUGGAGCUGAGGGGCGCGGCCUCUAUGAACAGAAAGACUCUCCCGUUACCAGCUUACGAAGAGACAGUGCUGAACUCUUCAUCAAAGAAAUCAUUCCUUCAUUGGUUCUCAGUCCUGUAACAACGUCAUGGAUCGACGGCGGUAUAAGUUCCCUGGUAUGCAUUCGGGACGAACUGAUGGUCGCGACGAAAACCAGUCAUAUUGUACGUCAUAAAUGGGAUGGUACUUCGAAUCGCGAUUACUCGCUUGAUCUUCGACGAAUACCGUUUAGCGUUGAUCAACAAAUAUCAACAGUGGCAAUACCAAUAACAGAAAACAACGUUUACGUUACCGACAUUGAGUACUCACCGCUGGUAGGCGGAUUUGCGAUUGUCCUGAGCAAUGGCAAGGCAGCUUUCCUCACUGCACAAUCACUGAAGUUUGAUCCUAAUCAAGUUCAAGGAAUCUGGGCCCGAGAUCUCGAUGAUGCGACUUGUGCCGCAGUCAACCACAAAUACCGAUUAAUAGCAUUUGGCAGAGAAAAUUCGGAAGGGACGGUGUAUUACGUCGAUGAGACUACUGGUGGUUUAGAGGUUUCUCACAGUCUGAGUUUGUCAUCCAAAGAUUAUCCAGGCAAACCAGGUCGCGUGAGAUGCUUGAGAUGGACACCGGACAGUUGUGCAAUUGCUCUUGCGUGGGAAAGUGGUGGACUCGCUAUUUGGAGUACUUUUGGUGCUCUUCUUCUUUGUACAUUGAAAUGGGAUUACGGUUUGAGGGUAGAUUUGACGAGGGAUAAUCCACUUCACAUUCACACAAUGGAAUGGUCAGCGGAAGGCUAUCAACUCUGGAUGCUCCAGGAAUCUCCAGGCAGUUCGCCCGACGACGAGCUGAAUGAUAAUGAGAAACCAGCGAGUCAACGCUCGCUGAUUCAGCUUGAUUUCGUAAAAAGCCCUUUGACUGUUAAUCCGUGUAUGAGCCACCACGGUCAUCUGUACCUUCAAGGUGAAGAUCGUUUGUACCUGAAUCUUGGAAGUAGCGUAUCGGCGGACACACCAGGUUUCCAUUUGACUACCGACAUUCCAACGGACAAUUUAUCACAAACGUUGGCUGGCUGCAAGCAAUGGCUCGUGGUGCCAAUCCCAAGUGCCUACAGUGGUUCGAAUUGGCCGAUAAGAUAUACUGCAAUAGAUAACGAAGGACUUAGCAUCGCGGUAGCUGGUCGUACGGGUUUGGCUCAUUAUUCACUGGCUUCGAGGAAGUGGAAGCUUUUCGGGAACGAGACGCAAGAGCGAGAUUUUAUCGUGACUGGUGGCUUGUUAUGGCAUCGAGGGUUCAUGAUCGCCAGCAGUUAUUCGUUGCUCGAGGAUAAGGAUGAAAUCCGUAUUUACCCACGUGACACAAGGCUCGACAAUAAUUAUGUGAAAACCGUACGAAUGCCUUCUCAAGUUUUACUCCUCAAUACUCUGAAAGAACGUCUCUUGACUUUUUGUGCUAAUGCUCAAGUGAGCAUCUACGAUAUGAGCCUCGAAGGCGAAGAAGGCUCCGGCAGCAUCGAACUCACCAGAACUCAGACUGUCGAUAUUAGCGGACUUUGUGUUCAUCCGGCUUGCGUUGUAAGCGCUACGCUCACCACUAUUCGGGCUGAAACUGCUGGCAGUCAUCCUCAUCCCGAGAGUCUUUUACUUAACGUUUCCGGAAGAUUGUUGAUGGUGCAGCGAGAACAUUCCACUGAUAAUUCCGAUGUGCUCUUUUCCUGCAGCGCACCAACGGUUCUAGCAUCGUACGUGGAAAACGUAUGGGUGCCAUGGAGAUCGAGAAGAGAUAAACCCCACUUGACAGAAGCUCUUUGGUUGUUUUGCGGUGCUCAUGGGAUGCGAGUUUGGCUACCACUCUUUCCUCGGAAUCAUCAAGACAACGCUCACACGUUUAUGAGCAAAAGAAUUAUGCUGCCCUUUCAUUUACGCAUUUAUCCGUUGGCCAUACUUUUUGAAGACGCUAUUUUACUCGGAGCUGAAAAUGACACCGUCCUGUAUACGUCCGAUACCAAUUCACCUUUCUCGUUACCAUUCAGUCUCUUGGAAUUGACAAGCCAAGUAUAUUUACAUCAAAUUCUGCGUCAGCUGAUUCAUCGGAAUUUGGGUUAUCAUGCGUGGGAGAUAGCAAGAUCAUGUUCUGCGUUGCCUUAUUUUCCUCAUUCACUGGAGCUUCUGCUUCACGAAGUAUUAGAAGAAGAGGCGACAAGCAAAGAUCCGAUUCCUGACGCUCAAUUGCCAUCGGUCGUCGAAUUUAUAAGAGAAUUUCCAGGUGUUUGGGCGCGGGCGGUUGUUCAAUGUGCAAGAAAAACGGAAAUUGCGCUUUGGCCCUAUUUAUUUUCGGUUGCUGGCUCGCCGAAAAAACUCUUACAGGAUUGCCUCCAGCGACAGCAACUCGACACUGCAGCGAGUUAUCUCAUUAUUUUACAGAAUCUCGAGCCAUCGGCGGUUAGUCGUCAACACGCGACACUUUUACUCGACGCUGCGUUAGUUCAAAGUCGAUGGGAACUCUCGAGAGACCUCGUCAGAUUUCUUCGAGCAAUUGAUCCAAACGACGUAGAAUCACCGAGAAGUUCAUGGGGUGGAACAGCAAAAUUAGCUGGUCCACCGGCCACUCCAUCUGUGUCGCCUCACGAAGAUGAUUUGUCACUCGUUCUGGGAACAAUGCAGGUCUCACGGAGUCGAAGUUAUAGCACUACUGCAACACCUAAAGUUCCAUUUGACAGUGGAAACAAAGAUGUCGCACCGUCCUCAAUGUUGGAAAAAACGAGGAAUGCAGUGAUGAGACGAAAAAAAUCUGUGCCCAAUGUCAAGAUAGAAAAAAACGAGAACAAGGAGGGUUCAGCAGAGGAAUUUUUCAUUGAUGUUAUUCUCCAACGUCACGCGCGACGUUUGUUGACGGAAAGACGUCUCGCUGAUUUGGGACGUUUCGCAGCUCGACUAGACUUUCAUCUCGUGACUUGGCUGGCUCGAGAGCGCGAAAGAGCUGCGAGAAUCGAGGACUACGUCGUCGCGCUGAAAGCUGUUCAUGAGGAUUUUUCUUACCCUUAUCCGACUCUCUCACUUUCAGCGCUUCACAAAUUUCGACGAUCGAGUCACGCGUCAUUGAGAUCCGUUAGGUCCAUUGGUUUUGAAAUUCCCGAAAGCGACGUACCAAACCCUACGCUAUUUUUGAAUCCGAAUUUCGCUCUUGAUUUACCACCUGACAGCGGUUACACGAGCUUACCGAGCAGUCGACCGCCUUACGUUAGUGUCGUUUCUCCAGUUGCUAGUCUCGAAACACAAUUCCCAACGGCCGAAGCUAAACUGACGCUCAGAAUGCUCCAAGAUGCAAGUAGCGUCAUGAGUGAUACGAGUACAACGUGGCGCGACGACGUAGAAUCGAUUGUUGGAACGACGGUCGGAACGGUUUGUUGGGUGCCACCGGAACCGAUCGAACCCACAGAAGUUCACACGGGCUCGAAUUGCGGGCCUGUCAGUCGAGCUGAAGUUCAACUUCGGUAUCUACUUCAGUUGUGCCUUGAGGCUGGAUGCCUUGGUUGGGCAGCGAUUCUUGCGACUGUUUUGCGAGACGCAUCCGCCAUGGCAAGAACAGUCAGAGCGGCUCAUGCUCCUAUGCAAACUCUCGAGUCCGUCGUUAAUUUACGAGACGGUUUACUUGCACUCGCCAAAUGGUCACAUUCCGAAUGUCUCGGUUACAGACCAUUCGUGUCGGGAGUUCAAGCCCAAACGGCACUUCUAACGCGUUUAGUGCCAGCGAAGCAACAGCAACAAAGUCGCGAUCAGCAGGAGCAGGAACAAACACCAGAAAGUCCAUCGCCAAGUCCAGCUCCAUCGUUCAAUAGCAAUCAGCGUGGGAAUGUUUCCCGUUCGCGUCGCUCGUCUAUAAGUCAUGCGUCGACGUCAGCAACUCUCGAGGAGGAAGUUUCACAGGAUGGAUUCAAAAGUUCAGACGAAGCGGGAAUCCGUGGCAGUUACGGAAAUCUCAGUAAUCCUGAGAGAGGUUCGCCCCGUGAGGGCUGCGUCGUCUCAUAAGUAAAUAGAUCUGAGGGUCGAUAAAGAAAAUAACAACUAGAAGAAUAAACGUAAUUGCUCAAUCUUCGCAUUAUCCGUUCAAGGCGAAAAAAUGGAUGCAAAUUUUUCGUAUUAGCUCAUGAACGUAGAAAAUCACAGUUGAAAAAUCGAUGAUGACAUUUUUUUAACCGCUCAUUUAGGAAUAAUAGUAUAUGGCAUAAUUUGGGAAAACAAUAAUUCCGUCACUAUAUUUAUGAAUUUAUUAACUUUUUCAAAAUUGUUUUCAAUGAAACAUUAGGUGUUGAGCCAUGACUAUAAACGAUUCUUCGGCCGUUUUAUCGAUCAUUGAUAUCGUAUUUCUAAGUGGUUGGUUGAAAACAUUUAUCUCAUCGAUUUUUUCUUACUGUAUUUACGGGACUAAUUGAUUUCAUUGAAAAGUGUCAGGAGUUUAUUGUUCACAUUGGGGAAGUCCUAUAAGACAGUUGAUUAAUUUUAUUUUGUCUCGUUGUAUAAUAGCAAUAACGGCAAAACGCGAUGAUAUUUUCAAAACUCGCAUCUUGCCUUCCCAAUGACUGAUUUUAGAUCACCUAUUUUUUCUAUCGAAGGGUGAGUCGUCUCGAAGACCGUAUUGUCCAUCUUUUAACCAAGGAGUUUUGUAGCGAUGAUGAUUGGUCAAAUAUCAUACUCUAGAGAACUUCAAAUAAAUCGAUUCUUUCAAUUUCCUUGCACGUUUAUAUUCUUUUGUCUCGUGACGAAGUUUUUUCAGUUCGCAAACAGUCGAAUCUUAUUUCCGCUCAUUCCAUUGUAGCAAAUAAAAAUCUGUUGAUAUUUCUCAGAGAUAAUAAUUCUUAGAAUACACUCAAUUCAAUUGAAUUGCGGAGAAUUACUCCUUCUUUUCAGUAAUAGAGCGUUCCUGUUUUAUUCAAUUUAGAGCCUUCUACGAGUUUCCACUUUUUUUUCGUCACAAGAUUCAAGAUCAGCGAAGCAAUGAGUGAAAUAAAUGGUUUUUCGAGGCACUCUAAUUUACAGGGUUCGAUAGCUCCAUAUUGGAGUUGAUCUGAAUUAGUCAAAUGAUUCGAUUCCGUGUAUCUCGGACAGUUAAACUAGUGAGACUUUUUUCUCUCGAUCGCGCCUGGUUGCGAAUGAAGUAUAUCAUUUCGAGAAUAUUUUUAAUGAAAUGUAAAUUUAACGUUUUAUCAACGUUGGUUGUUUAAUUGGAAAACUUUUAUCAUUCCUUCGAUCUUUUUAUAUUAUUCUUUUUCUAAUUUCUUAUUCAAGCGAUCCAGCGGGAGGUUGCUUCAAAAAUUAAGAUAACACAAAAAAAAAUUGAAAAAUAUGACGAAUGAAUCUGAUAAGAAUUCUCAAAUAUUCUUUUAAUUUUUUUUUAAUGCCUUAUUCUUGGCAAUGAUUUUUUUGAGCAUUAUUCGAGAAAUUAACGAUCUGUUCAACGAAAUUAUUUUGAUCUACCAGGCGACGAGAGAAAAUAUAAUUUUUUUAGAGAAGAAAUUUGCUCACUAGGGUAGUCAAUGGGAGCAGAAUAAAAUAUUUCUGAGCCGAAUCAACGUUUAUGAAUAAUACAAUUGUACUCGAACUCGAAUAAACUGUUUUGUCAUUCGAAUUAGUGAGUUAAUAACAAGAAAGAGGAAGCAGGCGUAAAAAAAAACUUGAAGGAUUUUGACCCUAUUUAUUAUAUAUACAAUGUUUGUUAGAUCAUUAUCCAAAGUAUACGGUAACAAUAAAUUGUAAAUUCGAUCUCCAACUGAAAUAACAAUCACAUGUUGAAGCUCGGAGUAUUUGGAACCGAAAUAAGGUCGAUAAUUGUACAUACGCUGUAGCAAAACUCACAGAAUCGAUAAAGAAAAUAUAUUUAACGCA